AUGGCAUCCCCGAGUGAAGAGGCCUUACAUCUCCAACUGCAGCUUAAGCAGACAGACCUCGAGAAGGCCAGGCUCAAGGUAGAUUUACAGAAAGAGAGGAUGCUCAAAGAGGAGAAAAAGAAUGCAGCCAGGAUGCUGAGGGAGGAGAAAGAGAAGCAAGUUUUCAUUGACUAUAAGCUCCCCCCAGAAGUGUACAUGGAGAAGUUAAGACCCCAGCUAAGUGGAGUUCUGGCUUCAGUGUCUGGGCAGAUGGAAGUAUUUGUGCUGCGCCUCCAUGAAGCCAAAGAAAUUACCUUCCCAGAGGCCAAGAUGCCCGUCCAGUAUGAGGGAUGGAGUGGAAAAUCUUCACAGGGCCAGGGUUCUAAGGAACCAGAACUGUUGAGGAAACUGUUGGUGACAGAGCUUGAGACUGCUGAUGACAGUUUGAGGGAACACUUUGAAACCUGGGGCACACUCACUGACGUGUUGGUGAGAGAUCCACAGGCAAAAUGUUCCUGUGGGUUUGAGUUUGUGACCUAUUCUUGCCCGGAAGAGGCAACUGCUGCAGUGGUAGUUCAGCCACAUAAUGUGGAUGGCCGCAUGGUGGGACUCAAGCAAGCAGUUCCUAAGGAAGGCUCUGUGAAACCUGGUGCCCACUUAACAGGGAAUAAAAUAUUUGUAGGGGGUACUAGAGAUCUGGAUGAAUGUACUUUAAGAGACUAUUUUGAAAAAUAUGGUCAGAUCAAAACCAUGGAAGUCAUGGAAAAUAGGCAGAGUAGGAAGAAAAGAGGAUUUGCUUUUGUGGUGUUUUAUGAUUGUGAUGCAGUUAAUAAAAUUGCUUUUCAGAGGUACCACACCAUAAAUGAACAUCACUGUGAAGUGAAAAACACACUUUCCAAGCAAGAACUGCAAGCUGCUGCCAGUCAGAAGAAUUUGUAG